UCCUCAGUCCAUUCAUUGAAGCCCUGGCUUGCUGAAGGGGCCAGGGCUGGGUCGGUAGUUCCGCUUCCCCUCCGCCACAGCGGAAUUAUCCCAGGGCCGAAUAGACUGAUGAAAAGUUGAACUGGAAAUAAUUGGACUCACAUUUUUUACUAAGGUAUUUGUCCACAGGGUGUACCAUUCAGACCACAGAUGUUACUUUUGGAGCUCUUUUAGCGGAUUUCUCAUCGUUUUUCCAAGCCGUCGGGGAUCGUCCAGGAGUCAAGUUGUAGCGGUGUGGAAACUCCGGUGAGCUCCGCCGCUUCUGCGUCGUCUCCGUUAGCCCGCUAGUUGAGAACAUUUGUCCCUCUUGGUGCUUUGUCUCACCUGUAUUUGUACACUAAUGCCCCUUCUGAUGUGAGUCUUGCCUCCCUUCCUCGCUGUUUGCCAUCAUCUCCAUCCUGAACCACUUUGUUCGGCUGCCUGCUUAGCCCCGUGUGGCACGCAUUGACCUCUCUACGAUGUGCGAUAACGGAGACCCUGAGGACAAACCCCCUGCUCCCCCGGUCCGGAUAAGCAGCACCAUCUUCGGCACCGGCGCCAGCAAAGACUCGUUCUCAGCCAAUCACAGCUCCAAACCGCUGCCCUCUGUGCCUGAAGAAAGGAAACAACGGAAAGGGAUCACCUCAAUCUUCUCAGGUGUUGAAAAAGGUAGGAAAAAAGAUAGAGACAAAGAGCGACCAGAAAUCUCACCGCCUUCUGAUUUUGAGCACACCAUACAUGUCGGGUUUGACGCUGUAACAGGAGAGUUCACAGGUAUGCCAGAGCAAUGGGCUCGACUGCUACAGACCUCAAACAUCACCAAGUCAGAGCAGAAGAAAAACCCACAGGCUGUGCUUGAUGCCCUUAAGUUUUACGACUCCACGGGCAACGGUCGCCAGAAGUACCUCAGCUUCUCGUCCUCUGAAAAGGAGGCAUUCCCUCCAGGACCUCAGUCUCCGAUCAAAAAAAUCACCGAACCCUCAUCUCCAAACAUGAAAAACAUCGAUGACGACGAUGAUGAUGAAACUCCCCCUCCUAUCGUUGCUCCAAGACCAGACCACACAAAGAGUAGGUAUACCCGUUCUGUAAUUGACCCCAUUCCUGCUCCAAGUACAUGUCCAGAUGGGGAUUCUGCCUCUAAGACUGCAGAUAGACCGAGAAGUAAGACCAAGAUGACAGAUAAGGAGAUCAUGGACAAACUGAGAACCAUAGUGAGCAUUGGAGAUCCCAAGAAGAAGUACACAAGAUAUGAGAAAAUUGGUCAGGGGGCAUCAGGAACAGUAUUCACCGCUAUUGAUGUUGCAACAGGACAGGAGGUGGCCAUUAAACAGAUCAACCUACAGAAACAGCCCAAAAAGGAGCUCAUCAUCAAUGAGAUUUUGGUGAUGAAGGAGCUGAAGAACCCCAAUAUUGUCAACUUUUUAGACAGUUUCCUGAUGGGAGAAGAGCUGUUUGUGGUGAUGGAGUAUCUGGCUGGGGGGUCGCUGACAGAUGUGGUCACAGAAACCUGCAUGGACGAAGCUCAAAUAGCUGCUGUCUGCAGAGAGUGUUUACAAGCUUUAGACUUUCUACAUGCUAACCAAGUCAUCCACAGAGAUAUCAAAAGUGACAACGUGUUGCUUGGGAUGGAUGGUUCUGUAAAGCUGACCGAUUUUGGCUUUUGCGCCCAGAUCACUUCUGAGCAGAGCAAACGCAGCACUAUGGUAGGCACGCCCUACUGGAUGGCACCUGAAGUGGUGACCAGAAAGGCUUAUGGGCCUAAAGUAGACAUUUGGUCACUUGGUAUUAUGGCCAUUGAGAUGGUUGAAGGAGAGCCUCCCUACCUGAAUGAGAACCCACUACGAGCGUUAUACCUGAUUGCCACAAAUGGCACACCUGAACUUCAGAAUCCAGAGAAGCUGUCGCCAGUUUUCAGAGAUUUCCUGAACCGCUGCCUGGAAAUGGAUGUAGAGAAGAGAGGUGGAGGCAAAGAGCUUCUACAGCAUCCGUUCCUGAAGCUGGCAAAGCCCCUCUCCAGUCUCACUCCUCUCAUCCUGGCAGCCAAGGAGGCCAUGAAGGGCACUCGUUAAUGGCGGAGCCCAACCACCCUGCCUAACCAUGCUGCGCACAGAUAUGUGCCAACCUUUUAGAUUUCGUGCCAGACAAUAGGCUGAGAGUUACUCGCCACCCUUGGUGCACCAGCAUUGUAAGCCCUGACGAACCUCACUGUGAAGACCAAAAACCGAGAGCACAACCCUACCGCUGUCAACAUGAACUCUCAUUUCCUCUCAGACAUCAGAAGACGAGUCAACCGUGAAGUGCUUAGUUACAGAGUCAGGGGUAGUUAAUUUUGUACAUCAGAACUGGUGACAAGUUAGGACUAGGCUUGUAUUUAACUUGGAAUGAAGAAGAUGCCUAGUUCUGUUUAGUUUUUUAUUUUUUAAUCAACUGCCUUAAACAAAUGCAAAUUGUUGCCUAAUGUAUUGUUGACUGUGUCUGUGUUGUCUCCCAUGAUUUUUACUACCUUUUGUAAUUGACAUUUUCAGUUUGUCAGUAUCGUAGUUAUUUUGAUACUUGAAUUUCAUGUCGGUCCCUCCCGCUUGGUCCAAAUCGUCUCAUUCAGUGUUCCAGUCGACCUGUGUUGUAUGGACGUUUCUCAUCACGGUUUUAUAGGAAACAUUUCAGUGCAUUAUUCAUCAUGACCAUGUGAUGUGAUUGUGAUGUUCUUUAGCUGUCUCCACCUGACAGAUCUACUGUACCAGUUCUUCCCCUGUAUCUGUAGUGUCCUGAUGCCAGAGGUGCACCUUACAGGCAAUUAAGUUGUUAGAUUGACAGGGUUUAUACUUUAUUCUCUGUUGCUAUUAAAAUGAGUAUUGUAUGUCGAACUCUGUCCUUUGUGUUCUUCCAGACUAACCCAGUGCACUUUUCUCAUACCAAGAUUGUGUAUUUAAUGUUUAGCAAGAUAACUAGUGACCAUAUCAUGCUAAUUAGAUGCAUGAAGCUGUAGAGCAAUUCAUUUACUUUUUUUUUUUUCUAGUCUACACAACUAACAACUUUGUCAGCACACAAAUAAACAACUGUUUUUAAUAUUA